AUGGCCAAGUCUCAGCUCCGCAGAUCAAUGUAUCAGGCAGACGGCGUGGGCAGUGAUGGAUCCAUUGAAGCUUAA